AUGAAUGAAAUUUUAAAAGAAUCGGCAUUUCUGAUUACAAAUGCAUCAGGCCGUCAUAUUAACCUGUUGAACGACACUGGCCCAAUAGCAAUGACUGUGCCUAGCCCUCCCUCAUCUGAUAACUCGGAUGAAAAUAUCAGCACUGCGGAUACUGUGUUCACACCCGCAUCAUCAUCUACUCCUGUGGAGUCGUCUUCAUCAAAGAGAAAGUACCACUGCACAGAGCCAGGAUGUGCGAAAAGCUUUACUACAAGUGGUCAUUUGGCAAGACAUAACCGUAUUCACACUGGCGAGAAGAACUUUCCAUGCUUGUUUCCGGGCUGUUUGUCUCGCUUCUCUCGUCAGGACAAUAUGAUGCAGCAUUACCGUACACACAUGUCUCCAAAAUCUAAAAGAACGCAAAAGAAAGUGAUAACCGAGGAUUUACACCCUAGACCACGACUUCAUGCUCACCAGAGAAUUCGAUCAGACCCCUAUCGUGUCGAAAGACCUCUUACCAUUGAUCAGCAUUUGAACAAUUACAGAAGAUCUCUACUGUCUCAUCCUUCCACAGUGGAGCGCAGUAGCUUUUCAUCAGUCAAAUACAACAUGCCAACACCACUUGGAGCUGUAGCUGCAUCUCACAUGCAGAAGCAGCAAUUACAACAAAGCGAAGGUACCACUGCCGGAUCGUCAACGCCCACAAGCAGAAGAAAUAGCAAUGGAACAUGGUCGAUAGAGCCUGUUGGACACGAGUCUUCAUCAUCAUACACUCGCAGAGAGAUGGAAGAAUCCCUGGCAGCCUCCAAUUGCUCAACGCCACCGCCGACUUCAUCGUCUUUAGCGACAGAAUCCUCUACAGAACACAUGUUUUAUCAACACAGACCUCUUACAUACUCAAGGCCUGUAAAAAAGAGAAAAAUAUUCCCAUUCACUUUAUUACAUCCAACCGGUUCUAGUGAAACAAUACUACAAAAAGAACCAGGCAUCACAACACCGCCGCUCGCAUCGACUUCGCCUACAUCCUCCAUGUCGGCCUCUUUGUCUUCUGCUACUGGUAAUAGCAACACGAAUGCUGGCAGUGAUGGAAAGGGAUCGUCUCAAGCAGGCUUGUUACAGCUUGCACACAUUGUAAGCACAUUUGGUUGA